AUGAGGCAGGACGCAAAGAUCUAUGUAAGGAAGUGCGACAAAUGCCAAAAACACGCGCCAAUCCCGCAUGUGCCCGCGGAGACAUUAAACUCAGUAGCAAGCCCCUGGCCUUUCUCACAAUGGGGGAUGGAUAUCAUGGGACCCUUACCCACUACAGCCUCUCAGAAGAAGUUUCUACUCGUUGCCACCGAUUAUUUCAGCAAGAGGGUAGAAGUUGAAGCCUACGCAAGCAUCAAGGACAAGGACGUCACAAGGUUUGUCUGGAAAAAUAUAGUGUGUCGAUUUGGAAUCCCUCAGGCGAUCAUAGCCGACAACGACCCUCAGUUUGAUAGUUCUACCUUUAAAGAUUUCUGCGCGGAACUUCACAUCAAAAACCUGUAUUCCCAGCCGCGGUAUCCUCAGAGCAACGGUCAAGCAGAAGUGACCAAUAAAACCUUACUAAGUGCGUGGAAGAAACGGUUGGAAAAAGCCAAAGGAAAGUGGGUAGAAGAGCUACCCGGCGUCCUAUGGGCCUACCGGAUCACACCCGGAUGGCCAACAGGGAACACCUCGUUCGACCUCGCAUACGGAAUGGAUGUCGUCAUUCCAACUGAAGUGGGUAUGCCCACAGCCCGAACUGCCAUCCAAGGUCAAAGAAAUGAAGACGGUGAACUUGCAAGACACUUGGAUUGGGCGGAUGAGGCUAAAGAGGCAGCAUCCAUCCGGAUGGCCGCAUAUCAACAAAAGGUAGCAUUUUUUAUCCCGCCUUUUCUGACCGGGCCAAACAUGCGGUAUGAGACUAGGAGACCAUCUACUACACAAGGGGCGACUGCUUCACACCCUCAGAGUUCAGUGCGGCGCCCUCCUGCUAAGAAGGCCAGGAUUUUAGGCCCAAGCGAGUCAUCCAGAGCUUCACAGCCUGAGCCUCCUAUAGCUACACAUGCUUGUGCUCCUGCAAAUUCUGAGUUUCCUUCCAGGUACUAUCUUAAGCAGCUUAUGACUCCUCAUGAGUUCUUUUAUCCCAGAGUAGCAUUAGACUUUUACCAGUCCAUGACUACUCGUGGUGUCCCGAGUCCUACCUCGAUUCACUUCACCAUUGAUGGACAUCAUGGUAUUCUCGAGGCCAGAGAUAUUGCAAAGGCUCUACAGAUUUCUUUCGAGCCAGUUUACCCAUCUGCUUUCUGCCAGUGGUCCCCAGUAUAUUAA